GUGUUUCAGGUUCGCGGGUGCUUUCCAUUGUAUAUUUCUGAGUGUUGCCGACUUUGACUGUGCAUUGCGUCACACAGACACGUGUCUGCGGAUGAGCUCGUCUCGAUUGUUCGUCAUUUUACGCUUUUCGACGACUAGGGCUCUUAUGACGCGCGUUAUUGCUACGUGACGACACUGUAGACGCAGGCGCUCGGAAACCGGUCGAGCAACGCCAUUUUCGCGGGCAUUGCAUCACCCGUUCGUUUUCAUAUUUUUGUACGGUUUACUUUAAAGACGUGAUCUGGCCGUAUAGACCUCCUAUUUCAUUGCUUGGAGGCGGGAGCCAUUAUUUAAGGAAGAAAAAGAAGAAGAAGAGCUUUGCUUGUGUGUGCUACCAGUUGCGCUAGGCCGCCGACAGAUGGCGCUACCGUCGAGUGCUGCAAGCGGGUUGAAAACCGCAACACUGGGCAAGAUCGUGUUGACGUUGCAAAACUGUCUUCUUCCUGAGGAAAAGUUCAACACCACCCCGUCGCAUUUGGAUGGUCUUGAUGCGGAAACCGAAACGGACUUGCGGAUACUCGGAUGCGAACUUAUACAGACGGCCGGUAUUCUCCUAAAAUUACCGCAGGUUGCAAUGGCUACAGGACAAGUAAUAUUCCAACGAUUUUAUUAUAGUAAAUCUUUAGUUAGGCACAAUAUGGAAACGACUGCAAUGGGUUGCAUCUGCUUAGCCAGCAAAAUUGAAGAAGCACCUAGGCGUAUCAGGGAUGUCAUCAGUGUUUUUAAUCACAUAAAACAAGUAUCCAGCCAAAAAUCAAUACAACCUGUAAUUCUCGAUCAGAAUUAUGUGGCUUUAAAGAACCAAGUGAUCAAGUCAGAGAGAAGAGUGUUGAAAGAACUGGGUUUCUGUGUUCAUGUGAAACAUCCGCACAAGAUUAUAGUUAUGUAUUUGCAAGUGUUGGGAUAUGAGAAGAACCGCACGCUGAUGCAACAAAGCUGGAACUACAUGAACGAUUCAUUACGUUCCGAUGUGUUUUUGCGUUAUCAACCGGAAACAGUGGCUUGCGCGUGCAUUUAUUUAGCCGCUCGUCAAUUACAGCUACCUCUACCGACGACACCCGCUUGGUUCUCAGUAUUUAGGGUCAGCGAAAGUGCAAUCAGAGACGUAUGUCGAUGUAUAUUGCGUCUUUACUCACGACCGCGCGUACGACCCGAGCAAUUGGAAAAACGUGUUGAGGAACUGCGACGUCAGUAUGAAGAGGCCAGAAGUAAGGCGCGCGGUGGAGAUGUUGAUGGGCAUACGCCGAGUCCACCGUUGCCGAAACAUCACAACGCCUGGGGUGGAUUUAUCAGUCGCAGUGGUACACAUGCAGCUCCCGAAAGAACAAAAUCACCUAGACGUUCAAAAUCUCCAAGUACUUCCCCAUCACGAGGCGAAGAAACAAAAUAUUCAAAUAAGCGUAAAAGGCAUAGCAGAAGUAGAUCUCGAAGUCACAGUCAUAGUAGAUCUAGCAAAUCCAAGAAAACUCAACGAAGACGAUCGGGUAGUCAUAAGUCGUCACGAAGAUCGCGUAGUUAUAGAUCACGAAGUCGAUCUCGGGAUAGGGAUUUGGAGAAAUCAAGCAAACAUCGUAGUAAACGUAGUAGACGACUACACUAAAUAACGUGUAGCCAGCAUUGUUACAUUAUGUUGUGAAAUAUGAUUUAAAUAUUAUUUGUAAUUAAUUUAUAAUAUGUACAG